GAGCAGCCUCGGCAGGGUGUGAUGUCAGCAGCCGCGAGGAGGAGCCUGCCCUUGCGGGCGCUUUUACUUUCGGGCUCCGCGCAAUUGCGAGCGGCCACUGCCGGAGCCGCGUCCGCCCCGCUCGACCAUGCCAUCCCGGGGGCCGGCCGCCGCCGCCGCUUCGCCACUGACCCGGGGAACUUUCGGCGCGCACGCGGCUCUGCUCCUUUGAGGCGCGCGCCCCUUCCCGCCCGCCGGGCAUGGCGCUGCCUGCAGUUGCUUCAUGAUGAUGAUGAUGAUGAUGAUGAUUGUGGUGGUGGUUAUUAUUAUUACUGCUUCGCAUCAUCCCCGGGCGUGUAAAGUCCCAGGCAUCAUGCCAGCAACAUGCCCGUUUCUGAUCCAUCCAUUCAGCCUCCUCCUACUGCUGGGGCCGCAUCUCUUUGUGGGAUCUUUCUCCCUCGGCUCCCCCUCCUCUACCUCGCCCACCGACUCCUCCUCGUUAGCUACUGCGGGGCCUCGGGGAGUCGCGUCGAUCCAGGGGGGAUCCACUUUUCUUGCGGCUUCCUCGCUACUUCCUAGGGAGAAAGGAAGCCCGCAGCCUUCCGUGGCAUCUGUCAGCGUUUGGGAUCCGACAACAGAUCGAGACAUCAGCAGCGACAGCCCGGCCGUUAUAACCAGACAAAAGGAUGCAGAAAAUCCGAACACUGAAGCAAAGAUUUCCAGUUCUUAUAGACACGAUGUAGAUGCUGUCAGUACAUCUGGAAGUGAUAAAGUAAGGACGUUGUGGACCAACUUAGCUUCUGCAUCUGCAGCUGUAAGAGGAAGCGCCACAUCUUAUACCAAAAUAAUCAGAUCUAUGAAUGUGGCCCAACAGUUGUCUCAGAUGAUACAGACCAAGCAAGCAAGUGCCUCACCGAAUACGAUGGGUAUUGCUGAAUUGGAAUCAGUGACUUUGUGGAAGUAUUUUCCCAAGACACCAAAUUCUUCAUUUCUGGAGAAAAAGCGUUCAGCCACUGGGAGCAAUCACCACACAGCUAGCAGCUGGGAUGGAGACAGCACAACGUCCAGUUUUCAUACUCCAGACAUGGACAGUUCAGCAACGCCCAGUCAAGGUUUAGAAAGGACUUCAUGCUUUCUUAAGGGGAACUUCACUGUGAUGGAUUUAGCAAGAAAAGGGCCAGCUUCUGAGAGAGAACCUGCUACAUCUUCUGGUCAAAUCCAAUGGUCAUCUCAUGUAACAUUUCCAGUACCAAAAAGUAGAACAUCAAAUGCCAAACAGCCUGAUUCUUUAGCAAGGAUUAUGCUUACUCAGUCUUACUCUUCUCCCCAAACUAAUAUUGAUCAGCUGAGCAGAAACUCCAACGCAGAGGGAAGAAUUUCCAAUUCUGAUAUGGAGAAUAUGACAAUUCUGAAUAUAUCUAACAGAGGUGAGGAGAAGAUAUUUCAAACUCUCAGAGACAUCAGCAGUUCUCAAGGUCCACGUCCUGCAUCUGUGGUCUAUAAGGGCGAAAUGCCCAGCAAUGGGGAGAAGGUAUUACAAACUCUCAGAGAAAGCAGCAGUUCUCAAGGUCCACGUCCUGCAUCUGUGGUCUCUGGCCUGGAAAUGUCUAGCUUUUCAGGCCUCAGUGACUCCUCUUAUGUGGUAGUGCCUGCGGAUGCCAGACAAAUGGAUUUGUCAACACAGGACACUGAUAAAACUGAAGCAACAGAUAUACCUUCUCCGUCUCUUUCAGCAACUACAGCUGUAGAAGGCAGUGAUCAGUUGGACAGCAGAUCAAACAGAGAGAGGAAAACAUCCAGUCCUCACUUGGACAGUAUGUUUGUCUCAAGAGUAUCAGUCAGAGAUGAAGAGAAGUCCAAGAAUGUAACACAAACGUUCACCAUCACUAAUACUUCCAGCUCUUCAAAGCUUUCAAGGAGACCAGAACAGACUGGACAAAUGCAUUUGUCACACAGAGACUUUAUUUUCACUGAAGAGACAUUUACACUUUCUCAGGUUCCUACAGAACAGAAUGGUCAGCGACACAGCAGGUCAGAUACAGAGAGCACUGCUUCUAACUUACAAAGCAGACCUGACAGAAGUGGGGAGAGGAUAUUACAAGCUCUACAGCACACCAGUAGUUCCCACCCUCCACAGUCAAUAUCCACAGCUUCUCACAGUGAAAUGCCCAGCAGUUCAGGUCUUGCUGAUUCUUCUUAUGUAUUAACUCCAGUUCAGACCAGACAAAGAGAUUUGUCACCUGGGUUCACCGAUUUCAUGGAAGCAGCAAGUACACAUCCUUCAGAUUUCUCACAAACAGCUGCAAAAGAUAGCAGUCACCUGAGGAGCAGUUCAAAUAAAGAGAAAAUGUCCAGUUCUCAGACAGACGGUGUAUCUGUUUCAAGUCUAUCAGAAAGAGAUGAAGAGAGUACACUACAAGCUGUAAGGGAUGUCAGCAGUUCUGAAAGUGAUACACAAAGGUCCACUGUGGCCAAUACUACCAUCUCCAGCAAUUCAGAUUUUGCUCAUUCUUUUCGUAUGAAAAGUCCAGAACAGAUUGGCCAAGAUUUAUCACCUGGGGACACUGAUUUCACUGAAGGAAUCCUUAUACCUUCUCAGGCUCCUUCAGAAACAACAGUUGAAGAAGAGAAUGGUCAGUCACACAGCAGCUCAAGUCCAGUGGGCAUUUUUUCCACUGAUCACCUGAACAGCAUCUCCUUUUCAGAUCUAUCUGACUUGGCUGGGGAGAGGACAUUACGAACCCUGAGAGAUGUCAGCAGUGCUCAUGAUGUAACACAAGGAUCCACAGCCUGGCACAAUGAAACCUCCAGUUCUUCAGGUCUCACUGAUUCUUCUUACCUGUUAACUCCAGUAGAAACAGAUUUAACUCCUCAGAUCACUGAUUUCACUGAAGGAACAAAUACACAUUUGCAAGCUUCUUCAGAAAAAACAGAAAGCAGUGCUCAGUCAAGCAGCAGCUCAAAUAUAGAAACCAGAAUUUCCCGUUCUGAUCAGAACAGUGCAUCUAUUUCAAGUUUAUCAGACAGAGAUGAUGAGACCACACUACAAACUUUAAGAGAGGUCAAGAAUGCUCAUAAUGUAACCCAAAUAUCCACUACUAUGAAUGCUAACAUCACCAGCUCAUUCAAUAUUGCUGAUACGUCUUCUUAUACAAUGACUCCAAAACACACCAGACAAAUGAAUUCAUCAUCUGGGGACAAUGAUUUCAUUGAAGAAGCACUUACAUAUUCUGAGGCUCCAUCAGAAACAACAGAUACCAGGAGUAAGCACCGUACCUUGAGCAACUUCAAUAUAGAAAAGAGGGCCACUCAGACUGAGAGCAUGUUUUCUACUACUGUGGUCGAAGAUGAGACAUUUGCAUCUUUAACUAAUCAGAGCAGAUCCACAGACACAACAGAGCUGUCAGUGUUUGAUUUGAAAAAUGCUAGUUCUUCUGUUAUAAUCCAGACCUCAUCUGCUACACUGCAAAGUAGAAAGGAAAAUUCCCCCUCUACUGGAAUGGAUUUCAUAGAAACCCUAGAAGAGUCUUUACUUACUACUUCAUCAAAAGCUUCAGGUUAUUCAUCUUCUACGAAAGAUUUUUCAAGCUCUGCAAACCAUUUUCAAACCAUUAAGGGAUCAGGGGCAGGAAGAAGACUUUCUAUUACUUCUACAGACAGUAUCUAUCUAUCAACCACAUUUGUACAUGGGGCAGAAAGGACUUUAAGAUCCCUACCGGACAACAGCACAUCUGACGAUGCAGCAGGUAGCAACACUUACAGUUCCCAAACUUCCAAAUCUUCAGGUGGAAGCUUGACCUUGACUUCAGUGACUGAAACAGAAAAGCGUAAUGUCUCAUUAAGUGAAGUGCAAUCUGUUGGACCUUCUACUGAGUACUCACUGGAAUAUUCCUCUGUAGUUCCUACAUCCUUGUCACCAAAUGAUUCAUCAACUAUUGGAAGCAAUCAUAAUUCAACUAGUGGGCCAAGGGUUUUGCAUUCUUACACAGCCAGCACUGACAGUUCAGCACCAUUCAGUGAAGGGGAAGAGCAAACUACACAACCUACAAUUAACACUACAGUGAUUGAAGAGACUGAAAGCAUCUCAUUAUACAUGGAAAAUUUUGACGGCUCAAGAUCAAAACCUUCAUCUAAGACAUAUUCUAAAAUGACAGAUUUAUCUGUAAAAGUUUUGGAUAUCUCUCCAUCUUCAACUGAGGCUUUCCAAAUUCUUAGUUCAACAGCCUAUUCCUCCUUCAAAAGUGAACUUUCAGACAGUGGAACAGAUUACCAACCAAUGAGUAGUACCGACUUUGGAAAACAGACCUCUGUUUCUCAUACUGACAGCACAUACACCUUAACUACCUUUCCCAGGGGUGGAGAAAGGACAUUGCUGUCUCUUCCAAACAACAGCACAUCAGCUGAUUCCUCAGGAAGUUCCACUUACUCUGCAGAAAUAUCCAACCCUUCCAAGUCUGUUCAGCCUUUAUUUUCAACUGACAUGGAUUUUUCUGAAAAUUCAACAGAACCUUUGGCAGUCCAUUCCCUGAAAACAUCAGAAUAUUCUUCUACAGUGAGUGAACCACACACAACUCAGUUUUACUCAGAAUCAGAAUCUGCAUCCACUGGCAGCUUGUCAUUUUCAUCUUCCUCUACAAUGCUGUCAGAGCAGGAUUCACUUCCACCAGCUCAGCCAUCAACUGUGUUUUCCUCAGCCAAGUCCUCUGUCCCAUCCUCUUCUUCUGCUUUCCUGUUACUGUUAUCAUCAUCUCCACCAACAUCUCUAAUGACAUUUUCACCCAUGCUCUCAUCAACAGAACCACCCACAUUGCCUUUCUUUCCCUCUGUGUUGCCUUCACAUUCUUCAACGCCUUCGUUGUUACAGCCUAGUGAAAAUCUUGAAACCAGUGUUUCUAUGACUGACCCUGAAAGAACAACUGGAGCAGAACUACACAUGACAGGAAGUUCCCAUGAUGAAUUCAGCCACCAGACUACAGUGUAUCCAUUGGAGAACAGCACCAUUCUGAUGGCAACUGGAACUUCUCUUCUGACUGAAAUUACCGAACAGCUUGCCAACCAUUCUUCCCCAAGAACCACCUCCCAAGAGGAAACAAAGGGACAGACACUUACUCUCCCAGGAAUCAGUACUGAAAAUGUACCCAUUAUGACUACCUCUCCACCAUAUUUGCAGGAAAUAACCACUGUUUCUGAGCCAGCAAAAGCAACAACGGCUACACCAAUGCAUACAACCCUUCAAGAGGACACUUCCCAUUCAUCAACAGUAACAGUGGUAAAAAAAAUUACAAAAAUAACACACACACCUGGAAGAUUGCCUACUUCAGCAUCAACCACAAAUUAUUUGUUCACUACAAAGCUUCAAAAGGUUCAGACGCCCUCUCCUACCAAAAUAUCUUAUUCUACUGGAAGACCGACAAAAAUAAUGGAAAAGAGCAGUACAACUUCUGUGAAAACUACAGUGCCCAGGAUUGUUAUUACCUCUUCACCCUACAUCUUAACUUCUCACAAAACCAUUGUUCAAUCUUUUCCUGCUUCACCGGUUCCCCCCAGACCAACCAUAACUGUGGGUCUAGGAAGCCCGAAGAUAUCCCCAACUCCCUAUGGAAAAGAUGUAGAUGGAUGUUUGUCUAAUCCUUGCCCAACCUUGGCCACAUGCACCAAUGUACAAGGUUCAUUCCAAUGCAUUUGUUCCUUGGGCUAUCAGAUGGGAAAAGGAAAGUGCAGUUUGGUAAGGACGUUUGUUGGCCAGUUUCCACUAAUGUUUAACACAACUGGAGGGUCAUACUCAGAGCUACAUCAAAUUGAAGGAGUUAUCAUAAAGUUGCUGAACAAAUCUCUUUCCACACUGCCUGGUUAUUAUACUUCAACUGUUAAAGCCUCAAGGCAGGCAGGAACUGUUCAAAUAUCCAUCCUGAGCACCUUUUCCAUGGCCUCCAAUGUCACCUUUUCUGAAGUAAUCAGCACAGUGCAAAGCCAUAUCCAAGCCUGCAAAACUCCCCCACCAUCCUGCCAAUUCAUCUCUAACCUGACACAGCUCUAUGGAGCUGGUGGUCUCUGUAAACAUAAAGAUCCGGAAUGUGACAAAGAGACUUCUGUGUGUGUAGACUUGGAUGGCAUUGCAGUUUGCCAGUGCAAACCUGGGUAUUUCAAGUAUAACAAACUGGAUCAUUCAUGCAGAGCAUGUGAAGAUGGAUAUAAACUUGAGAAUGACACUUGUGUGAGUUGUCCAUUUGGAUUGGGAGGAUUCAACUGUAGGAAUCCAUACCAGCUGAUCACCAUUGUGAUCGCAGCAGCUGGAGGGGGACUUCUGCUUAUCAUGGGAAUAGCUCUCAUAGUCACGUGCUGCCAAAAGAAUAAAAAUGAUAUAAGCAAACUCAUCUUCAAAAGUGGAGACUUCCAGAUGUCACCGUAUGCUGAAUAUCCCAAAAACCCUCGUGUUCAAGACUGGGGCAGAGAAACCAUUGAAAUGCAAGAGAAUGGGAGUACUAAAAACCUGUUACAGAUGACAGAUGUUUACUACAUGCCAACGAAUCUAAGGAAUCCUGAACUAGAAAGAAAUGGAGUCUAUCCCCCCUACACAGGUCUUCCAGGAUCUCGACACUCCUGUAUCUACCCUGGACAAUAUAAUCCAUCCUUCAUUAGUGAUGACAGCAGAAGAAGAGAUUAUUUUUAAUGCAAGUGAAAAGGGCACUUGGAAGGCAAAUGGAACCUUUUUACACAAUGUGUUUCCUGAGUAUGCAGUCAUCAGACAACUCAGAUGUUGUCACAACUGUGUACAGGAAGGGACUUUGAACCUGUGGAAAACCUCAGACAGAGCUGCCCACAAGGAGCCAUCUCUAGCUAUUGCUGAAGAGCAAAAAGAAGGCAGGUGUGAAAAGCAAGUCCAUAUGGCUGGGUGUCAGAAAGACAAGGGAGAAGCUCAUUCUGUGUAUUUUCCUCACCACUAAUCGUGUCACAUAAUGUGAACAUAAUACUAGAUCAUGAAAGCAAAACUAACAAACACUGUGGAUGACACGCUAAAUCUGAUGCCACUAGGGUGUGUUGUGUUUACAGAUAGUAUCUAGUGUGCUAGGUUUGUAUUGCCCACUUUUUAUGCAAAGCUGGCUUGGAUGAAUGUUAUAGAAAGAGCCCUUCCUCUAUUGCCAGGUGUCUACUAGGAGGUACUCACAGCAUGUUGCUCACCAAGCGGUGGAGAUGGGUACGGGAAUAUGGCCUAGAGAUAUGGGAUCCUCAUGCGGAAUCCAAAGUGGAGUUUUAUCCCUCUCCAGAAAGGAAAAAAAAAUCCCUCAUGAUCUGUCCUGUUAUUUGUUUAGGCCCUACGUUUGUAGCAUAACUCAUUACCCUUUUUCAUUCUUCCCUAUGCACAACAGGCCAGUUACAAACAGUUAUAUUCUUGCAUAGUUAUGUUCUGUGGAUUUUUUGCUCCUUCCUAAUGUCCAAAUGUAGUGAGGGUGUAGGUCAUUUGCAUGCUAUACAAUCUUCUGUAAUAGGUGAUACUGGCCAAAUCCCGGCAAAGUUUUGCCACUUCUCCAGAAUUGCUCCUACAUCAUUUCACAAUAAAGAUUGUGUAAGGGACAAAAUGUACUAUCAGGAAAUAAUGCAAGACAGCUUAAUCUCAUAUGUUAAUUAAUGUAAAUGCUCAUAUACUUCUUUAUAACAUUUCCUGGUUUAUUUAAAAAAAACACUGGGGAAUUUUGAUACCUGUUUUAAACAUGUGCUAUUCUGAAAGGAGAUCUUUGUCAAGGUGUGGCAAGUUGGCAGGAAUGGUUGAGUGGAACUUGAACUUAACCGUGAAUAUCCAUGCAUGGGGAGAGACUGGGUGCGCAGUUUAUAUAAAUGCAUUAGAACAGUACAGAGCGUGAGCAGAUUGAACAGGGGACCAUGUGAUCAAUUCAACUUUGGUCCUUCAGAGUCACAGCGGAGCAGACUGUGCAUACCUUGUGCAGUAGUUUCCUAUCUGAAACACUGUACAAAAAAGUACUCAAAGUUAUCCAAUGAUGCAGAUGAAGGCAUGCAUGAUAGAGGCUGACACAUCUGGUUUGCCUGGAGGACUGGCUAUUCAGAACUGAAUAAUCUCUGAAGUCCGUGAAUUACCAGUGGAACUAUCCUCUAUGGCUAUACCUAACUCUGUAAUCAGAGUAGUCAAUUUAGCACUGUUGACAUUUUGGGAGCAUACUAUGGACACUCAUGAAAUAACAAGUGGCUAGUCACAAAAUACAAAAGGCAGGGCAGUGAGGUACAUCCAUCCACCAGUUUAUUUAUUAAGAAUGCCUCUGGGGUCUGAGACAUUAUCAGAAAUAUUAGUUAUGUUGUAGGAUGCUACUUUGCUUUGCAGCAGACUAGCUUCACAUACAUUGUUUCAAAAUUAAAAUCCAGAAGAAAAAAAUUAGGGAAGGAAGCUUGGUGGGCAUCAAAAGGCACAUUGUUGUCCCUGGCCAUUAUAUUGGGAAUCCAGGAAUUAUAACAAUUUCCCAUGGUAUUUCUGGAGAAUUUGAUCAGCUCAAGAGGCUAAGAUAAAACUAAAGCAGCCACAUCUGUACAUCUAACUGCAUAUUGGUCCUCUUCUACUUAUAGACUAAGCAGGCUCUAAUGAUGGGAGAGGCGGAAGGAAAGAGAAGGGGCGACCUGCAGCAAGGUGGAUGGAGCCAGUUAUGGUGGUAAUGGGUGCGCCAUUGGAAGACUUGAAGGACCAGGUUAGGGACUGAUCGUCAUGGAGAAAAUCUAUGUAGUCACUAAGAGAUGACACUGACUUGAUGGCACAUAAUCAAGACAGACUAAGCAGUUUUUCCCCAACCUAUGCUGGGAUUAUAACUGAAGGUUAUAUUCCUAAAACACCAGGAACACAUCAGGUUGAGGGAAACUGUACUAAGCAGUCUGUUCCAUUUUGUUUCAGGCACAAUGUAUCUGUUCCAUUUAUGAAAUGAUGUAGGAACAACAUUAUCAGCAGUAUUUAUAUUUAACUGUGUGCAGUUCAGAUUGCUGCCUUCUGUACUGAGAUUUGCUGCUUGAUGAACUUCAGACUGUAGAAAACCCUCCAUUAUCUGAAGGUUUUCCCCAAAGCUGAUCCUGCCUGACAGGAAGUAUAAAUGUGAAUCAUUGGAUCCAACCAAAGUGAUUCACAUGCAUGAAAUGACUUGGGGGGAAGGGGAGAGCCUAUCCAGCAUGAAGUCACAUUAUGAUUUGGGCUACAUCAGGACAGCAUACAUAUGCCCUGAAGAGAUGGUCAGUACUGCCAGACGUAACAGCGCUGCUAGUUCAAACCAUCUGCUUGAUAGCUCCAUGAACAACAUGAAGGGCCUAAGUCUUUCAAGCAGGACUUUGUUUUUAGGUAGGAAGAGCCAACUGUGUUCUGUGUUCACUUUCCUAGAAAGGUGUCAUUCCCUUAGUUUAAACAACUGAACUGUUGCUUACACCAUCAAUUUACAUCACAAAUUUAAACAAAAAUUUCAGUCCCUUAAUUGAAUCCAUUAUAUCCCUGACCUUACUAAGGGAAUUCUGCCAGUAGACAUCCUGGAGAUUGUAGCUUUGUGCUUAGAUGGACAGGUUUCAUACAGUGAAUUCUUAGUAAUUUUGGCAAACCACCAUUCUCAUAUUUCCUUGGGGAGAACUAUAACAAUUUCUUAACUUGUCAUAAGUAGGCAUAUAUUUCCACUGCAAAUGUAUUCUUCAAAGAUGAUAACAGUGGAAGCUCUGUGGAGUUUAAUUUUGUUGCCAAGCAA